ACAUAUAUUGGCAUUAAUACUUCAUUAAUGAAAUGUCAAAAAUGUUUAGACGAUUAAGAUCUUUAUCCGUCGCCCGUAACGAGCUCAGCCAUCAGCGACAGUUUGAGUAUUUCCUAGUGGGAUUAUUAUUUAGCGUGAUUAACGUUUGUCGAUUCUACAUGUGACUUUGAGGUAUGAUUCAGUCGUCCGUUGACGCGUAGACCGUACAGUGCGAUUAUAAAACACUCGGUGAUACAAUAGAAAAAUAAAUUGUUGGAAAAAUCGUUUAAGAAUCAACGAAAAAUUGGAAGAAAAAUUCAGUUAAAUUAUUGAACGGAGAAAAGUGGAUUUUCUUUAGUAAAAAGUGAUCAUUUUUCAUCAAAAAGUCAUCAUUUUUCACCAAAAACUCACAAACUCAACUGUUUGUUUUUGAAAAAUUACGUUUUGAAGUAGAAAAUUAAAAAAAAAAUUGAAAUGCAAUUUUUUGCGACUAUUAAUCACCUGGAGAAACAAAUUAACAAAAAAUUGCAAAAAGAAAUAAGUAAAAAUGAUUGAGCUGAAUAAAGUGGAUAUUCUUCAGUAAAAAUUCACAAGUUUUACGGUUUGCUUUCGAAAAAUUAUGUUUCAAAGGAGAACAUUGAAAAAAAAUUGAAAUGCAAUUUUCAACGAUUAUUAAACCCCCGGAAAAAAAAAUAAACAAAAAAAUUGUAGAAAAAGCUAGUAAAAAUUACUGAGUUGUGUAAAGGGGACAUUCUUCGCCAAAAAGUGAUCAUUUUUCACUAAAAACUCAAAAAUUUUACUGUUUAUUCUCGAAAAAUAAGGUUUCAAAGGAAAAAAAUUGAAAAAAAAAAUUCCGCAAUACAAUUUCCCUCGUGAAUUCUACAGUAAAGUGUGUCUGGAAUCAAAUAAAAAUUAUUAUUGAGGCAUUGAGGUCUGAAAGAAUAACCGGAAAGGGUGAAGCGAUAAAUAUUGUGGUUUUUCAGCGAAGUUAUGAUAAUAAAAACCAUGAGAGGGAGAACUGGCUGUGGUUUACGAGACAUUAUGGGGUAGAUUCUACGCCGUAGAAACUCAGUUCGACAUUCAGUUUCUAUUUACAAGUGCAAAUGGAUGGUUGGGUGAUAUGUGAUGCUGUGGGAAACAGCAUGGAGACUGAAUUUUCACUGUCCGAGGGGGAAUUUUCCGAGUAUGAAACAUCAAAUGUUCUCAUACAAGAGGGGAAGUUUGGGGAUUGGGUUGUGUUAUAUGUAGUGCAAGGCGAACCAGUUGCCACAAAGUUUUGGCGCACAGAUUCCGAUAGCGAUGGCAAAGACAGCUCAACCCUCCACGAGAAGCGACAGGCGCGUCUCACUCAACCCGAAAACACGAUUGCUUACCGAGUGGGCGAUAGAGAUACCCUGACAUCGGUAGCCGCCCGGUUCGAUACAACACCAUCAGAAUUGAGCAAACUCAAUAGGCUUGGCAGCACAUUCAUUUACCCGGGACAACAACUAUGGGUCCCCACAAAGGGUGAGGCUCGUCUCGGUCCUGAUGAACUUGGCUUGGAUACACCCAGUCCUGAUCCCUGCCAUGAUCACGAUUCUCAGGAUGAUUUGCCACCUGAGGAGAAAGAGCUUCUGGACAAUUUGCGACCUGUAUCACCGAAACCAGGUCACUCGGAACGAGUUAAAACGCCACUAGACAGUCGCACUGGUGCCGGGGAUGAGGAUGAGCCAGCGUACAGGGAGAGAUUCUUGAAGAUAAAUGUUCGUCAUAUCACAGACGGACAGGGAGUUGUGGGUGGUGUUCUCCUGGUAACACCAAAUGCAGUGAUGUUUGAUCCAAAUGUAUCUGAUCCCCUUGUGAUUGAACACGGAGCUGAAUCGUACGGUGUAAUAGCACCAAUGGAAUUUGUAGUGAAUGCCGCUAUAUACUACGACAUUGCUCACAUGAGGGUCAGCCACACAGAUGCUCUCGGUACAGACAAAAAGCCGGAAAUUUAUUACAUGGAGAAGCCAACGAAAGAUGGAAAAUGCCUGUCACCUGGCAAAGAUGAGAAUUUUUCCGAACUCACUGGCGAUGAUAAUGAGAGUGUCUGCAGUUGCGCUGAACGUGAGGGCGAUGCAUUUCCAAAGGCCUUUGAGAGGGAUCUUGUUACACCUACCAACCUUCAGAAUGAUGAAGGAUCAACAUCCAAGGAAGCCGAGAAGGAAAAGGAGAAAGAUAAGAAGGAAGAGGAGUCAGUCUCCAGUGACAAAGAGUUGAGUGUCCAGUCGAUGAGGACCCUCGAGGAACGCAGGCGUUCCAUGCUGGAUCACCACUGGGCAGUGCCCAGCAAAGACAGAAACUCAAUGUCAGUUGACGACGAACAGCAGGACUCCCUGAACUCAGACAAGUCGCAGGCUGAGCCAUCAAAACCCAAUGCCAUACCCGAGGAUGAGGAGGGAUCUCUAGUCAAACAGUCGUGCUACGAUUCUGGUAUCGACAUACGUGAACCUAUACCCCCUAUUCCCGUAGUGCAGCCUAUCCCAUCGAAAAAAAUGUAUUCGGACGCGGAAAUAGUUUUAUCUUCAGAUUGGGUACCACCGAUAACCAUUGCACCAACUAACAUCACGAGUACCAGUACUCUGGAUACAAUUCCAUCGGUCAAUGGAAGGAAGAAGGCGAGUUCAGUGUCGUUCAGUCUCGACAGCAAUGCUGAGGAGCCUGAGAAAGACGAGGAGCAUAAACAUGAGGAUGAUAAGCAGGAGACACGUAAAAAUAAGAUGUUAAAAAGGCUAUCAUAUCCUCUAUCCUGGAUGGAAGGCCUCACCGGUGAUAAAGACGAUGAAUCCAAAACAGUACUUGAAAAAGUACCGAGUCUCCCAAACAGUGCGGACAGCCAUCACUCCUCGGUAUUCAGUAAAGUCUUCUCAAGCUCGCCGAUCAACCUGGUGAGUGACUUUAGCUCGGGGCUAUUUGCUAAAACACCGAGUGAAGAGAGCAGCGGAGGCGGUAGAUCUGGUAGUACACCACCUCUUACCGCCUCCUCGCUCUCCCAGGACCACAGCUAUCAAUUUUCACCAGGGCCCACUAGUCUCUUGGGGCGCUCCUCCGUCGGGACCUUCAUUCGCCAACAGCCCUUGACCUCGUCAAGUAGCAGCAGUGUUGACAGCACACGUGGUAACAGAGUAACGACACAAGCACCGAGGGUAGAUUACCGCAGUGUCGUGUCUGUCGAUGAUAAACCCGAGCUUUUUGUCAGUUUUGACAAAUUGAUCCCAAGGCCAGCGAGAAGCUGCGAGGAUCCACCACUGUACCUGAGGCUCCGCACUGGUAGGCCAAAGGACAAGAAGAUUCCUCGGUCCACUCCUAUCAUGAGCUAUGGAAAGAAGAAAUUACGACCUGAGUACUGGUUCAGUGUUCCUCGAAACAGAGUGGACGACUUGUACCGAUUUAUUCACUCAUGGGUGCCAGCAUUAUACGGUGAGCUUGAUGAAAAUUACUGGAUCGAGCGUGGUUACAUCCUCUCGGACACUGACACAGACCUAUCGCCGGAAGCGUCGCCUCAGGAAGGGGGAGAAACCGGUGAAUCCGUUGAGGAGAGCAAAACCGGUGAUGAGAUUAGUGAACUGACGCGCGAGUCAUGGGAGCGGCUCAAGGCGCCGUACGUAAAGUUAUGCAGCAUGCUGGUCUCGAGUACGUCAGCGGACUCAGAGCAGCCCCAGGACGCCCAGGUUUUGUCUAUGAGCGAAGAGCUCCGAAGAGCCUUGUACGCAAACAGUGCAAUAUCCCUUGACAUUGACGUCAUUGUGCCUGAUUUAGUCGGCACAACUGAGAUACUGAAGGACGAGCACAGAGAGAGUCUGUGCCGGCACUUGCCAGCGAGAGCCGAGGGCUAUCUCUGGACCCUCGUGUUCAGCACAAGUCAGCACGGCUUCAGCCUCAACAGCAUGUACCGAAAAAUGGCCAAGGUUGAGAGCCCCAUACUUCUAGUCAUUGAGGAUACCGAGGGAAAUGUUUUUGGUGCUCUCACGUCGUGUUCUCUCCACGUGAGCGAUCAUUUCUAUGGGACAGGUGAAUCACUCCUCUUCAGGUUUACACCGAGGUUCCAGGCGUUCAACUGGACAGGGGAUAAUGUUUAUUUUAUCAAAGGGAAUAAUGAGAGCCUGGCUAUUGGCGCUGGAGAUGGUAAAUUUGGACUCUGGUUGGACGGUGAUCUGUACCAAGGGCGAACCCAAUCCUGCAGCACAUACGGCAACGAGCCCCUCGCCCCCCACGAGGAUUUCGUUGUCAAAACCCUAGAGUGUUUUGCAUUCAUAUAGGAUUCGGCCACCUACAGCCCAUCCACCACAACGUUGGAGCCUAACUUGACCUGAGCUCGGGAUUUGUAGUGGAAAAACAAAUCCAAGUAUCAGGAGAGAUCAGACUUAAUCACCAUUUAACGAGGAUUAAAGAUGGAGAUUCAUGUAACGAGAGAAUAAAAAUGAAAAACUGUAAAAUUAAGAGGAGAGCACUAAAUCGAGGGGGGAGAUACUCCGAGUGUUGGGAGUUGUCGAUUCAGAAUAACUGAAUUCAAAAAUCAUGAAAUUAAAGCACUAGAUGAAUCGACGUUAAUUAAUUCAAUCUAUUUUGUUGGGAUAUUUAAUUAGAUGAAUUGAUGCGAAUGACGAUGAGAAUUGUGAAUUUGUGCUUUAAUUGCCGGAAUGUCAACUGAUCGAUAGACUUAUCGUUAACAUUUUUUUAUUUAUAUUUAUUUUCAUUAUUUUGUAUUGUUUAACAGUUAGUUGUUACCCGCCGAUAGAUCAACGAUAUUAAUUACCUUCUGAUGCAGCAAAUAAAUCGAGUUGUUGCGCCUGAAUAUGUAAAACUUGAUUGUUUAUUUUACCAAGCAGAUUGAUAAACUCGUGAGAGGGAAAAAAAUGGAAGAGAGAUAUAUUUUUUUUAGACACUGAAUGUGAUGAGAAAAUUUAACUAAUGGAUUUUGCGAAUUUCUGAUACCUCAGAGAGAGAGAGAGGGAGAGAGGGAGAGGGAGAGGGAGAUUAUGGAGAUGCUACCAAAAACCAAUGCUAACUAACCGUUUGUUGAUGUGUAGAUAAUGUAGAUAGUGAAUGUACAUAUAUAUAUACUGCAAGUCGUGUAGAAUGAUUAAUUGUAACGCUAAAAAAAACGCAAAAAUAUAUAUUAUACAAAGAGAGUUAAAAAUCAAUAUGUUGGAUCGUAUUAUAUCGUGUAUACAUGCUAUUACUGUAAUGUGAGGCUUGGCUGGGACUCGAGAGAGGCCAUUCAAACCUGUCUAGGAUCUGAGAUAGUUUAGGGUCACGUAUGAAUCUUAAUGAUUAAAUCAAAGGAUUUUGAGUGGAUUUUGAGGGAAUUGGUAAUGUCUGAUUAUUGUUGAUGAGGGUUAGCUGAUAAUUUUAACGUAGAAUUCUACACCAGUGUCACAACGAAUGCAAGUGUCUGUGCAUCAUCUUCUGAAUUCAUCAUCUUUCAUUAUUUGAGAUCAAGUGGAAUUGAACGGAAAUUGUGCUGUUCAUUUCCAUUUAAUUUAAUUGACAAUUGAAAAAUCGAAAUCAUGAAAAAUUGAGGAACUGAGUGAAUUCACGAGCCAUCGAGUCCAUAAUUCAUCGAGUGCUUCACAAUCAUUAGAUGCGAUGGGGUUUUGAUGAAAAGAGAGAGAGAGAUCGGGGGAAUUAAUCGGAGUUACAGUGCUGGAUAGACAAAUGUUGGAGUAGCACCUAGACGAGAGAAAUAAUUAAUAAUACACACGAGUUGUGGCUGACGAACUAGCGUAUUAUGCAUAUCAAGUCUAAUGAUUCAGUACAUUAAAGAAUACUUUGAUAAA